GACCUACGAGGAGAUGAUGAAUAUCAUGAUCUCAGUUUUCAGACUGGACCAAUACAGACCAAAGAGUUUGACUCAGCUGCAUUUUGAUGAUUUCAACUUUGAAGCCCAUAUCUACUUUGAUGAUGCUUUCACAAAUGUUACAGGAAGUCAGCACCGUCAUCUGAACACAUAUGCAAAGGACCUUGUGAAGAUUAUUGCAGAUGUUUAUGGCAUUUUCAAGAACCUUGAUAAAACAUUCUUUGAGGUGCAGCAGCAAACUCCUGAUCAGGCAAUCAUAAAGACACCUUAUGGAGCUCGUCUUGUUGUUGAAAUGCCUCAUGGGAAUAACAUUGUAGUUCACUUCAAAGACAAACAGAAAAUUCGGAACAAAAAGAGAUGGUCUCAGGUAAUGUAUCUUUACUAUCUCCUCGGUUGGAAACUGAUGACCAAGUAUUACAGAUACUGGCAGGAAGGACAACAUGAAAAGCAUCUUAAGAGAAAGAUCCAGAAAGAGAAACACAACACCUACAUCUUGGCUUUGGAUGGGGACACAGACUUCCAACCAGCUGCUGUGAUGCUUCUCAUCGAUCGUCUGAAAAUGUAUCCCCGUGUUGGUGCAGCAUGUGGCAGAAUUCACCCCACUGGAUCAGGUCCUGCUGUUUGGUUCCAGAAGUUUGAGUACGCCAUCAGUCACUGGCUGCAGAAGACAGCUGAGCAUGUCUUUGGCUCAGUUCUCUGCAGCCCCGGCUGCUUCAGUCUGUUCAGAGCAGAGGCACUAAUGGAUGACAAUGUGAUGAAGAAAUAUUCAACCAACUCCACAGAGCCCAGCCACUACAUCCAAUAUGACCAAGGUGAGGACCGCUGGCUGUGCACUCUGCUUUUGAAACAAGGGUGGAGAGUGGAAUACAAUGCAGCAUCUGAUGCCUACACCAACGCACCAGAAAACUUCAAGGAGCUUUAUAACCAGCGCAAACGAUGGGGGCCUUCCACAAUGGCAAACAUUGUGGAUCUGCUGGGCUCAACCAACAUUGUCUCCAAAAGGAACUUAUCCAUGUCCAAACUGUUCAUGUUCUACCAGCUGUUUGGCAUGAUUUCUACCAUUCUUGCUCCAUCCACCAUCUGCCUCAUGGUUGCAGGUAGUCUGUCCUUCAUCUUUGAAAUACCUUCUGCUGCUGCUCUGGUCAUAGCUGUGAUACCUCCUGCCAUUUAUUUGGGUCUUUGCUUUAAACUCAAGACAGACACUCAGAUCUCUCUUGCAGGGAUUCUUAGUGUUAUAUAUGCGUUCCUCAUGGUGGUGGUAGCAAUAUCCAUUAUUGCCUCAAUGGUGAAGGUAAAGACCAUUCUGACACCCAGCAGCAUUUUCGUCGUGGCCAUGUCCAUCAUUUACAUUGUCACUGCACUGCUGCAUCCUCAAGAACUUCCUUUGCUGUUCUAUGGAUUACUCUACAUCAUCUGCAUCCCAAGUGCCUACCUCCUGCUCACCAUCUACUCCAUGGUCAACAUGAACAGUGUCUCAUGGGGAACCAGAGAAACAAAACCGACUGCAGAUGAUGCACCGACAGCAGUCUCCGCCCUGCAAGCAAAAACAAAUAAAGCUAAGAGCAUCUUCCAGAGAUUCUUGUCAUGGAUGAAAUGUUGUAAAAAAUCCCUUCCGAUAUCAGAGGAUACUCAGCCUCUGAUAAAUGCUCAGCCUCAGGAGAAUCUGAUGCCUGAGUCUGUGCCUGAACCUCAAACCCAAGACACUGCAGCUAACGACGUCUCAGAAAAGGAACAAAUGCAAAUGAAGACUGGUUUUGACUGUCCAGCUAAAUGUUGGACAAAUGAACUGGAAAGUUUGUCCAAUGACAUACAGCUGCAGGAACAUUUUCUGGAAAGGGAUGAGGAAAACUUCUGGAAUGAGCUCAUCAAAAAAUACCUCGAACCUGUGAAAAAUGACAAGGAAAAGCAAGAAAAGACCAAAAAUGACUUAAAAGAGCUGAGAAACAAGGUCAACUUUUCCUUCUUCUUCUUGAACGCCCUGUGGCUGAUGGCAGCGUUCAUCUUCCAGGUCUUUGAUGUCUUCUCCCUCAAGAUCAAUAUUGUUGGCCUCAACCUGCAGGAAACCGGGGGGACGAUCCAAAUCGAACCCAUGAGCCUCAUGUUCAUUCUGGGAUUUGCUAUUUCAGUUUUGCUUCAGUUCAUUGGCAUGCUGCGCCACAGAGUCUCAACCCUCAUUCACUACAUAGCGUUUUUGGAAACAGAGCCCAAAAAACAGAAAUCUGCAGAUAAUGAGGUGGACUCCACUGCAGAUUCUAAUGAUGAGUCGGCCUACAAUACAGACCUAAACUACGCGACCCAGGAAAACCUGUCAUCACAAGACUGGGAUAAAAACAAAAAGAUCUCUGUUUCUGCCCAUUGA